AUGUGGUUCAUCUCCUACUGGGCCGUGCCCAUCUUCUCAUCUUUAGUAUGGCUGGCUAUGUUGAUUGCCAUGUUGACAACAUGGACGUCGCAAGGGUCGCCGCACUACUCGUCCAUGGACCCAAGCCAGCGCAUCGCCUACAUCUCUGAUGUCGGCGCGCAAGGCCUCAAACCCCUCUUCAUCGCCAUGUCCGCGGUAACUGUCGUAUCCCUCGACCUCGCCUUCAUCUUCGAGCGCUGGCUGCGACAUACCGGCAAGCUCGCGCCCAACACGUCCAUUUGGCAGAAGCUCUAUAGCAUCAUAUCAAUCAUCGCAUCCAUUGCCGGCGCAGCGGGCCUCAUCCUCCUCUCCAUCUUCGACACCCUGCGACACCCUCACCUCCACGACGGCUUCCUCGUCCUCUUUCUCGCUGGCUACAUCAUAUCAGCCAUCUUCAUCUGCUGGGAAUAUCAACGGCUGGGCAUUCACUUCCGCGAGCAAUCCAUCUUGCGCUAUAGCUUCUGGAUCAAGCUGUCCUUCAUCCUCCUCGAGGUUGCGCUCGCAAUCGCGUUUGGUGUUACGCAGAACCAGAAGAAAUGGAACGCGGCGGCAGUGCUAGAGUGGACUAUCGCGUUCAUUUUCUUCUUCUACGUGCUCAGCUUCUUCAUCGACUUCAUGCCCGCGGUCAGGUCGAAGCACCAUCAGAGCAGGGAGACGGAAAUGGAUAUGGCUGAGCAGGGUGGAUUGGGUGAUGGCGCGGCAGAUGGCACACAGUACUUCCGUGGAAACACGAAUGGAUAUGCCAACGGCACGAAUGGGUACACCGACCGCAAUGGGUAUGCUACAAAUGGCAAUGGCUACACGAAUGGCCACACCAACGGAUACACCAAUGGCUAUACGAACGGCAACAGUGGCCCUACACACAACCCUAAGCCCGCUGAGCCAGCGCCUUUGCCGUCGAGGAACUUCUAG